AUGGAAAAUCUUUCCACGGUUGAAUUAAUUUCUCUCUCUGGACUACAAGGAGUUGGGGACCACAGAUCAGUUUACUUUACUCUGACUCUUCUCACCUACCUGUUGAUCAUUUCAGUGAAUUUAACUCUUAUCUUCAUCAUAGUUCAUGAAAAAACUCUCCAUGAACCCAUGUAUAUAUUCCUGUGUAACUUAUCUGCUAAUAGUCUAUAUGGGACUACAGGUUUCUACCCAAAAAUCCUACUUGACCUGUUGUCUGAUGUUCAUGUGAUCUCAUAUAAUUUAUGCUUAAUUCAGAUUUAUGUCAUUUAUACUUCUGUGCUGUGUGAAACUCCUAUUCUAACAGUAAUGGCUUAUGACAGAUAUGUAGCAAUAUGCAGACCUUUACAGUACCACACAAUUAUGACUCCUCUGAUGGUUAAGACAAUGCUGUUUUUUGCUUGGUGUGUUCCACUUUCUUGGAUUGUCAUCGCUACUUUGUGUACCUUUAAACUGCCUUUGUGUGGUUCUCACAUUGAUAAAUUGUACUGUGACAACUGGUCAGUUGUAAAACUCUCCUGUGUGCCAAACACAGUCAACAAUGUACUUGGAUAUAUUAUGAUCACUUUAGAAAUAACGCAAGCGUUCUUCACUUUAUAUUCUUACUACUGCAUUGUGAGGGUGUGUCUGAAAUCGAAGGAAGGGAGAAGCAAAUUUAUGCAAACCUGUCUGCCACAUUUAAUUGCAAUGGUGAAUUUUAUGAUUGCCACCCUGUUUGAUGUUAUGUACAGUAGGUAUGGCUCUGACAGGCUUCCUUUGACUCUGCGCAACAUUAUGGCUGUUGAAUUUCUGGUGAUUCCCCCUCUUUUCAAUCCUAUAAUAUAUGGACUCAACUUGCAAAAAAUUCGGAGUACACUGUUUAAAUGUUUGGCAGAACAAGUAACGUUGCUGUCUCACAGUGCAUGGUCCAACUUGCAGGUGCUGUUCUGUGCCUCUUUGGAGAAGACCUGCUCCUGCUCUGAUUCUGGUCCCCUCUUUCCUAUUGCCUACGUAGCCAUGCCCAGUCUCUCUCAGUUCCUUUCCCAUUCUACCUUUGGGGCUGCUCCUCUGGCUGUUGUUUCUUGGUGUGGCAUUGCAGGCACACCCUGA